AUGACCGACCUUCCGGGCCUAUUCAGCGCCCAAAGCGGAGGCCAGUCAACCGAGGGCUCCGAAAUCGUUCGGGCCGCGGUUGAUCGUCACGGCCACCGGACCGUGGGUCUCAUCACCGAGCCAGACGACCUAUACAGAGACUAUGGCCUCGAGGCCUUCUUCCUAGACUUGGCGAAGAACAAGAAUACUGUCUUCGGCCGUGGCUGGCAUGUUCUCCGCAACCGCAGCCCCGAUGAGAGGGGCCGUACGACGGCACAGCGCGACGAAGCCGAGCGCGACUUCUUCUCGAAAUCGCCGUGGAAUUCUCUCCGCAGGGGACAAGUUGGAGUGGAAACACCCGAGCCGAGGUCGACCGACCUGCCGCGGGAGCAAAUCACGGUGCAGCUUCCAAGCUUCGCAGACGAGGCCGUCUCGGGGAUAUCGGACGCCAAGUCCACGCUGCAGCGGCUUGGAUCACCAAGAGACACCAUCUGA